GCCUUACUGGCUAUAACACGAGCAAGUCAUGUAUAUCAUGUACCAGCAGAAGUAAUGCAGCGUAUCAAAUAUAUUCAAAAUCACAAUCAUCAAGUUCUAAAUCAAUAUCAACAACAACAACAACAUGGACAAGGCUUUGAACAACAAGCUUAUAAUAAUGAAUUGACCAAUCAAGGUCAUCAACAAGAAUUAAGUCAUCAAUUUCAAAAUCAUCAACUACAGAACUAUCUAUUAGGGCCGCAAGAAAUUCAAACCGCUCCAUUAUCAUUACAUCAGAUUCAAGCACCUCAGCUUCAACAUCAAAUUCAAGAACAAAUUGCACCUCAAAUUCAGCCACAAAGUUACGAUCAUCAAAUCUCAGUUCCGUUGCAACCUCCUCCGCAUCAAGAAUUACAGCUUCACGAAAACAUUCACCAAGGUCUAAGUUAUGGUGGUCACAGGCAGGGAAGACCUGGAGAGAAGUCAGCCAAGAUCGUUGGAUAUAAGUUCGAAAAAGAAGGGCCUAACUAUCGAUACGCCUAUGAAACUGAAAAUGGAAUCAAAGCCCAAGAAGCAGGUACAAUCGGCAAAGGUUCCCGAGUUCAAGGUGGCUAUUCUUACAAAGGAGACAACGGUCAGACUUACACAGUACAAUACAUAGCUGAUGAACAGGGUUUUAGAGCUCAAGGUGCCCAUCUGCCAACACCACCACCUAUUCCUGAAGCUAUUGCCAAGUCUUUGGAGCAGAACGCUAAGGAUGAGGCAGCUGGUGUCUUUGAUAACGGUAAAUACCGGCCACAGGAGAAUCAGCCUCAAGUUUAUCACCAAACCCAAGUUGAUCAACAACAAAUUCAAGCUGUCCAUCACCAAAACCAGCAGUAUGAAGUUCAGUACCAAUCUCCGCAAGAAGAUAGUCAACAAUAUUUACAAUUAAAUCAACAAGGUCAAGACUACCAACAUCGACAAGAUGAAGGUUAUCAACAGGAACAGCCACAAGCUUAUGUAGCUCCAGCUGCUGUAUAUGAAAAUAAUCAUCAAUAA